AUGGCCAGGUGGCGCAAGUUCGUUACAAAGUGUACAGCAUUGUUUGGAUUUCAGAGCACGAAACAAGAGCUUGACAAAAUCGGAUGCAUCUACCGAGAGCACACCACAAAACAUCCGUGUCUGGAAAAUCAUCUACUUGGGUGGUAUCAUACUGAAGUCUACCUUGGUAUGCGGACGCCUUAUCUUACAAGACCUCCACCACAAAAGUACAGUCUGAGAAUGCCAGUCAGCAACGGUUAUCUCGGCAUCGACAGUUCGCCUAUGGAGGAGUGCAUGCACGUUCGAGGACUCAUGAGGAGCAACAAUGGCCGUACCGCGCUACAUUUCCUUGGUUUGCCUGCCGAAUCAAUAGCCGGAUCCAAGUAUCUGGGCCGUCCUGGUCAGUUGCCUCACCUAAGACCCAAGUGGUUCGCUCUGGUGUCUCUGAAAGAGUAAUCAGCAACAACCCUCCGAGAAGCAAAACCUCGAAGGUGCUCCACAAACCUUGGAUGGACACACGCAGAUCAUCGAUGCGGUGACAGCAAGAGGGGUGCGGCUCUGGAAGCAUUGGCCAUGUGCAAGACUCGAAGCAGCCACUUCAGCUUUCUGGUUGGUUCCGUUGGUGAUGAAGAAGGAUCAGCCCCUUGCACCUCUAAUCGACCAGAGUCUGGAAUCUGAGUAUGACUGAAGGUCUUAAACGAACACGAGAACCCUCAUGAAAACAGUCUGCCUGGAGGGGAGCAAGGACAACGACUGGGUAUCAAAAGCGGUUAGCCCUCUAGUUACUUCGUGUCAGCAUCUUCCGCACAUGGACUAUUCUCCUCCUUGGCUGGAUGGUGUUGGCUUACGGCCGACUUCGAGGUUGUGGAAGUAGUUUGCCGACAAAUCAGA